CUAUGCAUAAAUAGGGGUUCUCAAUCAACUUGAUACACGACAGGGCAACCUCUGACUUUCGUGGCCGAGCUCCCGCGCUUACCCUUGAAUGCUUUUAUACUUCUAUCUAUACACGACUGAGUAAAUUGUACGUUUAGACUAUAGGUUAAGGAGUAGCUUGUUGACGCGCGAAAGUCUUGCGGACAUUCGGGGAUCUCCGCGUGUGCUUAAACUGAGCUCCAAUGGCAUCAGCGGCGACCUUUAAAGAUCAGGGCAAUGAGGAGUUCAAGAAGGAGAACUUCCUAAAGGCCGCGGCGCUGUACACCCAAGCCAUCAAAGCGGAUCCAGAGAAUGCGGUGUUGUACAGCAACCGCUCGGCGGCCCUGCUUAAGCUGAACAAGGUCACCAAGGCUCUUGAGGACGCGGACGCCGCCAUCAAACUCAGGCCCGAGUGGGAGAAGGGCUACUUCCGCAAGGCGGCGGCGCUGGAGGUGCUGGACAAGCUGCAGGAGGCUCUGGAUGUGUACCAGACUGCUGCCAAGCUGGCGGAGGCGGAGGGCGGCGGCCCCAGCAAGGAGCUGGCGAUCAAGAUCCGCACGCUGUCCAAGCUGCACAAGAUCAAGGCCACGCACAAGGAGGACACGCUGGUUGAGGCGCUGCUGGCGGCGGUGGCGGCGGCCGGCAUCACCGGCGGCAACCUGGCGGCGCUGAACGAGUUCGCCAAGGACAUGGCGGGGCACGCCGAGGGCAACGUGCGGGACCAGGGGCACGACUUCCCGCCGUCCGUGCACUUCCUGCCAGGCUCGGGCGCCGCCGCGCAUGAGGAGAAGGAGCGGCACGUGAUGGCCAACCUGGCCUUCACCGCGCCCGAGGUGUACGCGGAGUUCGUGACGGGCAUGCGCGGCACGGCGGAGCGCAUGGCGGCGGCGGCGGUGCUGGCCAUCAUUCCCAAGGCGACGGUGGCCUACCCGCAGACCUGGAGCCGCAAGGGCUGGCCAGCGGCCUGUGGCGGGCCGCGCCAGCAGGGCCUGUUUGUGCAGCUGGAUGUGCGCACCGGGGCGGGCGGCUGCAGCCGGCACACCUGGUUCAUGCCCAUCGCCACCGAGGGCAAGGACGCCAAGACGCUUGGGAAACCCACACCUGUCAGCGCUGAGGAGUUUGGGCCACUGCCGCCGCUCAUCAAGUAGAGUACGGCGGGAAGGGAACUGUUGCUACUGUUUCGGCCUUGGGUGUGCAGGUGCUUGGCAGCAUAUCAAAGGGCACAGAAGAGGCAAGGGUAGACGCGGCAUGCAGUGCUGGUGUGCGAGCAGACCUGAAGCGGGACCUAGGACUUGCGCGAAUUGAAUCUGGCUCGGGGGUAUUAUGUUGUAGCGCGCACUAUGAAGGAAGCACGGCCACGGGCUGAUUCAAAUGGACGACGGGGAAGGCAAGUCCUGCGACGCGCUAGAUGCGGCAGUGUUUGCUGCACGCACUCUCAUCUCUGCUGGGGGAGUGGUCCUUGGGAACGGGCGGGACCGCGGGAGCAUGUAUGGAUGGUGUCGGACACAACCGCGUACUAAACUUGCGC